UUUUUAUCUCAGUGGGGCCGCUAGCCGCAGUUAUGGCGGCGCACAUGGAUAGCGAAACAGACGACGAUGUUCUGCAAGUGGAGGACGAUUAUUAUACGUUCCUCAACAUUGGAAAAAACGCAACUACAGAAGAGAUAACGAAUGCCUACAGGAGAUUAAGUAAGAUAUAUCAUCCGGACAAACAUGCGGACCCUCUCAGAAAACGGGACGCGGAGGUGCUCUUCAACAAGACCCGAAAAGCCUACGACGUGUUGCUGGACCCCCACAAGAGAGCCAUAUAUGACACGCUGGGAGUCAAGGGUCUUGAAACUGAUGGAUGGCAGAUCGUCCAGCGCACUAAGACGCCACAAGAGAUCAGAGAAGAGUAUGAGCGGCUGGCCCGAGAGCAGGAAGAAAGGCGUCUACAGCAGCGAACAAAUCCAAAGGGAAGCAUCAGUGUUGGCAUUGAUGCCACUGACCUUUUCGAGGCCUACUACGAUGACGAUACGAGAGGGUUUCUUCCACAAAUGGAAAUCAAUAGUAUGACUAUCAGCCAGUCCAUCGAGGCUCCUCUCAGCCUGAAUGACACGGUCACAAUGAGUGGGAAUCUGUCGGCACAAAAUGGAACCGGAAGCGGGAACGUUGUAUGCUCCCUGAGACACAUUGUGUCACCAAAAAUGUGGUCGGAGUUUGAAAUUGGUGCUGGGAAUGGCCUCCUCUGUGGAUUCAAGGGCUUCAGAACACUUUCUAAGAGAAGCUUUGCAUCAGCUCAAGGGCUGCUCCAAGUCACGCCAAUUGGCCUGCGGCCAGGCUGCAACCUUGUGCUGGCACGGCAACUGGGCAAGCACACGGUGGGCUACCUGACGUGGAAAGCCGGAUUGCAGUCUGCAAUGAACACCACAGUUGUUUGGGACACCAGCUAUGGGCACUUUAUCGGUGCACUACAGUUUGGCAUCCCAAAUACAUUUGGCAUGGUGAGCUACACCUACAAGUUCCCUGACGAAGGUCGAUUAAAAGGGAGCAUAAAAGUAGGCACCUUUGGAGCAAUUGUAGAAUACGGCUGUGAGAGGAAAAUAUCCCAACACAAUACAGUUGGGGCAACAAUGGUUAUAGGCAUUCCUACAGGAAUAACACUCAAACUGAGAUUGAAUCGGGCCACGCAGAGUUAUGUAUUCCCCAUUUUCCUGUCGGAAGAGCCCCUUCCCAUCGCCAUAUUCUACGGUACAGUGACGCCCCUCGUGGCAUGGUACAUUCUCCAGACCUUUGUGAUUGUGCCUUACACAGAACGACAGAGACAAAGAGAAGCGAAGAGAGCACGUGAGGCCAAUGCGGCCAAGCUGGCAGAGAGGAAGAAGGAAGCCGAGGCUGCGGUGGCGCUGAUGAGCGAGACAUACCUGAGGAUCAAAAGCACCGAGGAAGCAAAGGGUGGUCUUGUCAUCAUUGAAGCUCUCUAUGGAAACUUCUCUGAGGAACAAGAGAACAACGUCUCCCAGGCGACCAUUCGGGAAGUGGUGGACGUCAGGGUUCCGUUACAGUGCCUUGUGAAAGAUUCACACCUCAUGUUGACAGAUGCAUCCAAGAGCAACCUGCCCGGCUUUUACGACCCUUGCUUGGGUGAGCCCAAAUCAUUGCAUGUACGAUACCGCUUCAGGAAUCUGGAGCACGAAGUCAGGCUGGCUGAUGAAGAGGCUGUCCGUAUCCCGAAAGAGUCACAUCUCAUGAGAUCAUCGUAAACCUGAAUGGAAGUGGAAUAGUAUUUCGCUUCGCCUUAUUGAUGAUUUAGAAGAAUUGUAAAGACAAUAAAAUAGAUUUAGAUUUA